GGGGGAGGGGCGGGGCGCGUCGGGCGGCCGCGCCCUCGAAGCUUCCGCCAAGCCCUUCCGGAAAUCCAGUAUCGUGGGGCGACGGCGUAGAAAGUGCUUCCCGGAGCGCAGAAGAGGUCAUCAAUCAUGUGACGGUGGCUUGAGGAGGAACCUGUCUUUAAAGCUGUCCCUGAAGUGACAACGGAGAGAACCAGGCAACCCAGAAACCCCAGGCGUGGAGAUUGAUCCUGCGAGAGAAAGGGGUUCAUCAUGGCGGAUGACCUAAAGCGAUUCUUGUAUAAAAAGUUACCAAGUGUUGAAGGGCUCCAUGCCAUUGUUGUAUCAGAUAGAGAUGGAGUACCUGUUAUUAAAGUGGCCAAUGACAAUGCUCCGGAGCAUGCGUUGCGACCUGGUUUCUUAUCCACUUUUGCCCUGGCAACAGACCAAGGGAGCAAACUUGGACUUUCAAAAAAUAAAAGUAUCAUCUGUUACUAUAACACCUACCAGGUGGUUCAGUUUAAUCGUUUACCUUUGGUGGUGAGUUUCAUAGCCAGCAGCAGUGCCAAUACAGGACUAAUUGUCAGCCUAGAAAAGGAACUUGCUCCAUUAUUUGAAGAAUUGAGACAAGUUGUGGAAGUUUCUUAAUCUGACAGUGGUUUCAGUGUGUACCUUAUCUUCAUUAUAAUAACACACUAUCAAUCCAGCAAUCUUUAGACUACAAUAAUACUUUUAUCCAUGUGCUCAAGAAAGGGCCACUUUUUCCAACUUAUACUAAAGAGCUAGCAUAUAGAUGUUAAUUUAUGGAUAGAUCAGUUGCUAUAUUUUCUGGUGUAGCGUCUUUCUUAUUUAGUGUGAUCUAGGGAUACCACAGAAAUGGUUCAGUCUAUCACAGCUCCCAUGGAGUUAGUCUGGUCGCCAGAUAUGGAUGAGAGAUUCUGUUCAGUGGAUCAGAAUCAAACUGGUACAUCGAUCCACUUGAGCCGUUGAGUGCUCCCAAUUGUACAAUAUGCCCAGGCUUGCAGAAUGAAGCCAACUUUUUAUUGUGAAUAAUAAUAAGGACAUAUUUUUCUUCAGAUUAUGUUUUAUUUCUUUGCAUUGAGUGAGGAACAUAAAAUGGCUUGAUAAAAGUAAUAAAAUCAGUACAAUCACUAACUUUGUACAUAUUAUUUUACAGUAUAGGUGAAUAUUACUAAUCAGUUUGAUUAUUCUCAGAGGGUGCUGCUCUUUAAUGAAAAUGAAAAUUAUAGCUAAUGGUUUUUCCUCAAACUCUGCUUUCUGUAACCAAUCACUGUUUUAAUGUUUGUGUGUUCUUUAUAAAAUUUAAAUACAAUUCGUUAUUCUGUUUCCAAUGUUAGUAUGUAUGUAAACAUGAUAGUAUAGCCAUUUUUUCAUACGUGAGUAAAAAUAAAAUAGUAUUUUUAAAAAUAUA